ACUCGUAAAUCUUUGCUUGCGAUUUUUCAAUUUUCGUACCUAACUAAAACCAAUUCGAAUCUAUCAUAAUAUUAUAAAUCUAAAAACUCGCAACUAUUAUUUGUUUGGAUUAAUAAACAAUAGAUCAUGGCCGAUGAAGAAUUUGAUCAUGACGAUGGUGGUGCUGACGAUUUUGAGGAUGUUGAAGAUGAACCAGAUUUAGAUGACUUGGAUCAGCCUGAAGAAAAUGAAGACAACAUAGACAUUUUGCCAAUUCAAGAAGCUCAAAGCCAAGUUCAGAAAUCUAAGCGUAUCACUACAAAAUACAUGACUAAGUAUGAAAGAGCUCGAGUUUUAGGAACCAGAGCUCUGCAGAUAGCCAUGUGUGCUCCAGUAAUGGUAGAACUCGAAGGUGAAACUGAUCCUUUGCAGAUAGCAAUGAAAGAAUUAAAAAAGCGUAAGAUACCUAUAAUUAUCAGAAGAUAUUUGCCUGACAACAGUUAUGAAGAUUGGGGUAUUGAUGAACUCAUCAUCAUCGAUCAGUAAUAAUAUGAUUUUUUAAUUACAUUUUUUUAAAUUUUGUAUAACUAUGUUUUCUUUUUUUCCAUCUAUUCUAUGUAACAUUCUUGAAAACGAUUAAUAAUUACGAUCGUAAAAUACAUUACAAUCUAUUUUUUUUUUCAAA